UUCUUUCCCACAGCAAAAACCCUUUGACCUAUAUCAUUCGCGCUCCGUGGUUCAGCUUCUCUGUGUUCAGCUCGCCGCUAUUCUCUUCCUGAGCCCGUAUUCUUUGCGCUUCAGUAGGGUUUAUCAUAAUACACAUUAUUCAAUUGAAACUCUACAAUGGUCGAUUUGGAAGCAAAUCAAAACAAGCAGAAUCGCAAGCGAAAACAGAAAAUCCAUGACCAACCCCAAAAACCUUCCAAAUUGCAUCGUUCUGAGUCUGCUCAGAAGCCUCAGGAUCAGCAACCUGCAAAAUCUUCCACUCCAUGGAACAAUCUUCAGUUGAUACUCUGCAUCCAAGACAAAAACCUUGAUCUUAACAGUAAGCUUAAUCAAGCAUUCAAUUUUGUGCGUUCGAGAGUGGACGAUGGUGCUCACAUUGAUCAGAAUUGUGAAACUAUAAAACUACCAAGACUACUAGGUUAUCUUAAUGAUUGGAUCUUGACAGUUUUGUUCCCUCCAAAUGGGAAGAAAGACUGGGGUGAAGGAAAAACGCCCCAGCUUGACGGAGUCGAGGCAUAUAUGGAUCUUCGUUGUUGGGAGAUUUUCAAGUUCUGCUUGGAUGAGUCUUUGAAGUGUCGCGUCUCUUUGAAUAUGUCGCGGAAUCUUCUACAGACUGUUCAAUUUGUUGUCAGAAAUAUUAUGUUGCUGCUAGAUGCCUUCUCUACCAGUUCAGGAGAGCAUUUUAAAUCUGAUGAAACGUUUAAAUUAUACGAGACCGCUCUUGAUUGUGUUUCGUUGGUGUUCUCCUCCCAUGGUGGGUUGUCAAAUGAAAAUUUGGAUUUAUGGGUUGAAACGACUGGGGCAGCGCUUGGGCUCGUCCAAAAAGUGUAUGACAAGAACCUUGACGGAAGUUGUGUGGGUGCUUGUGCAUUACGCCUUUUGUGGUUGGUGCUUCAGCCCUUCUCCAAGUUUUUGAGGGUCCAUCCAGCUAGGAAAGGAUUUGAAAGUUUUGUGGUUAAACUUCUUGAGCCAUUGCUGCAUUUGUCAGGUGAGUUGCAUCGUCGGGUUAGUGGAAGUGAUCCUAUUUGGACAGGGAGAUUAGUGAAGGUGAUAGAAGAAGUUCUUUCUCAUGGACUUUUUCAUCCAGUUCAUAUUGAUGAAUUUUUAAGCUUACAUGUUUCAGAAAAGUAUGUAGCUUCAUGUGAUGAUAAACCAAAAGAUUCUAAAGCAACUAUUAAGAGUUAUCAUAGACAUUUGUUUGAUGCGCUGAACGAAAUUAUAUCCAGAAAGAAAGCUAUAGCAAUGGGUAGCUUAGGUUUGAUAUUUCGCUUGUAUGCUGAUUCCGCAAGAAAGUUCAAGGGAACUUUAGUUGUGUAUGAAGGGAGCAAUACAACAGAGAAAAUAAAUGAUUUAAAGCAACCAGUGCCAGGAGGAACUAGUAGCUCCAAUAAUACUUCUGUCGAUAUUCAAAAAUCCCUUUUUAAUUUUUUGGUACUGAUUAUGGAGCCUCUUUUGCUUGAAAUGAAUGCAUGUAUCCAAGCUAAAAUAGAUGCCAAGCUCCUUUUUUCUGACCUUUGUGGUAUACUGAAGUCUAUUGGUAAUUUGCUUGCUAGUUUUAUGCAAGAGAAAGUAUAUGUGAAAACAGAGGACACAUCUGGAGGAGCUUGUCUUAAUUUCUUGAAGAAAAUAUUUAAUACAUUGAUAGCUAGUUCCACUGGUAUACUCUGCUUGUCCAACUAUGAUACAGCUAUCAUGAUGGAGAUGGAAACAUUUAUUUUAUCAGCUAACGAGGCGUUAGUUGCAAUGGGCUAUCUUUUGGAAAUUGAGUAUGAAGUUAUUGGAGAAGAUUUGGUGAAUUUAUGGCUUAUUUUGUUAUCAUACUCUGCCAUCAACUGUAAUAUAGCAAAUGCUUUUGAUCAAAGCUCAUUAUCUUCAACUAUUCCUGCAUUGGGGUGCCAAAUAGUUAAUCUGUACAGUCAACUUCGUCAGGUACAAAUUGCCAUUUUAGCAUUGUGCAAAGCGCUAAGGCUCAUGAUGACUUGUGAUGGUGAUGCUGAAGAAAGUUCUUCUAAGUUAUUGACAUUUCUGUCUAAUGAUAUUUAUUCCGAAUCAGUUGAAAGGCUGUUAUCUUCACAUAAGUUCAUCCACACCAUCUAUAAAGCCAUGGAAUAUAUUCCAGAAGGGCAAGUGAGUGGGUUUAUUAGACAGAUAACAGAUGAUAUAUCUGAAACUCUUAGGUGGAUGAAAGACUGCUCUCCAUUGGUUGAUGGAAACAAAUGGCGAAAGAUUAAUCUGCAGGCAGAACUCUUGGGUAGAGGGCUCUCCAGACUGUAUUCUUUAGUGCUUGAUUCAGCCACUAUAACUGAAGGCAAUAGCAAUCUUGUCGGAGUUGCUGUUAAAGAACUUAUUUCAUUAUUGCGUCCCUACUUGAGUAAUCUAGUUCUACAACAACCAGAUACUAUAUGCCCAGAUACUAUUUGCCUAGAUACUAUUUGCAAGUUUUUUACGCCUAUUAUAGGAGAAACUGUUGAUCGGGCUGUUGGAAAGGGCAAGGUUUUGAAGAAAUUUGGUAGGUCCAGUCAAUGGAUCUUUGUUUUCUUUUUGCAGUUGUUUGUGUCCAGCCGAAGCUUGCUUAGGCAAGCAAUCAGCCUUAUGCCUCCUAGCUUGUCAAAAAAAAUGUCUGUCGAGAUGGGGGAUUACUCAGCAUAUUCUGCCUUUGAGUUGAUGGAGAGGGCUGAUGAUACUGACAGUGGUUUCUUCUCGUGGAUUUCCCAACCUUCUGCUUCCCUCCUUUUUGUUAUGAAAUUAAUUUCAAAAUUCUAUCUAAAGUAUGGCUCCGAUGAUUCUUCUCCUUUGGUUUAUAUAUUUCAGUCUAUGGCUCUUCAGAGGCUUGUUGACUUGGAUAGACGCAUUAUAUUGUUGACGUAUUUGCAAAAGAAGCAUUACAAAUCACGAAUCAAGGCCCUGAAGGAAGAGGCUGCUGGACUUGCUAGUUUUAUUAUGGAAAACUUAGCAUGUGUGUACCAAUCCCCAGUCUUUGUUUCUGAUGAUGUAAGGUGCGAAGAUUUAGUUUCUUUGGCUCCUCAAAUCAACAAAUGGAAUCAAGGAAUUUAUAUUGCUAACAAAAAUUCGUUGCCGAUAGCCAUUUGGUCAAAUCUCUGCAAAAACAUUGAUAUUUGGGGAAAACAUGGUUCCAAGAAGCAGUUGAAAGAAUUCUUCUCACAUUUACUUUGUGUUUCCCUUCAUCGUGUAUCAAGCAGUUUUCCAGAGCCAGACAUUCUAGAUGACUGUAUGCUGCUCAAGAGAGUCACUUUACCGCAUAUAUCAUCAGACCUUCUAAGUGAUUCAAUUUUGUUUGAACAAAAGUUUGCCCACAGGAAUCUUGCCAAAAUCUUUUGCAGUGCUUUAGAGGAAUCCGUGUUACCAUUGUUUAGAAACAUUGCAUGUACUGCAGUCGAGCUUCAAUCAGAACCUAACUGGGUUGAGUUCUUAAGUGCCCUCGACAACUCAGCACUUGUCGAAAAUAAAGAGGUUCCAGUUAACUGUUCUGCAAUUCAAAAACCAGUCGCUCAUUCAUGUGACGAUACAGAUGUCAGCAGCAGAGAAAAUUCCUCCCCUCUUACUGUCAAGAGUUUUACAGAUUGCCACCAGUUGCUUAAUCUCCUAUCUUUGAUGUCAGAUGUAAAUGCAAGAUCUUUUUCAGAUAUUGUGUCUUGUAUUUUCAACCUUGAAAGGCUUCUUGUAAAUGCCUUGGUAUAUUUUCAGAGCACAAUGUACCGGGACUAUUAUUGUGAAUAUUUGAGGUUGUUUGUCUCUUGCCGGAAGGCCUUAAGGUAUAUAUUAGCGGAAUUUAUUGAGAAGACAGACACCAUUCAAUCCUCGCCAGACUCGGUUAUUUUUGGAAGUUCAUUUCCUGUUUUGUGGCUUUCGAAGUCAUUAUCUGUGAUUGUUGGAAUUCAAGAGGUAUUCUCAGCAGAAAAUAUUUCAUUUAAAUCUCUAAUGUUUUCUUUAAUGGAUCACACGUCAUAUGCCUUGUUGUGCAUUGGUAAACAUCAAAUUAUCCAUGCUUUUUCUUUUGAUAACGAAGCUGAGAUGCCUUGUGAAGAGAUCUCUGAUCACAAAAUUAGCCAUGCAGAGAAUCAUUUGCUUUCACCUUCUGAGUAUGUAGAUUCUUCCAAGCUUGAGGCAUUGAAGUGUUUAACCUUAAUGGCUGACAAUUUAAAAGAGCAUAUGCAAAACUUGCCUGUUUCUCAAAAGGGUGUACGUUGCCAUGUCAACGUGGGACGCAGUCUUUCGUACGAAAACAUUAAUAGAUUGUCUUCUGCAGUUUCGUGCUUUAGUGGAGUCUUGUGGGGCCUAACAUCUUCACUGGGUCAAACAGAUGCUAAAGAUAGUGGUCAUAAAGAAAAAGUGUUGAUGUGGAAACGUGAGCAUGGCUCUGAACUAAAUAGCUGUAUAUUUUCUUUUGUCGAAGUUGUUGAUUUCUUCAUAAACAAAUUGCUCAAUGAGAAUAAUCAACUCUCCGAAAGUUUACAUGAUACCCAGAAUUUUGAGAAGCCAAUCUUAAACUUAUCUCUGUCUGGUACAAAUAAUUUGUCACCUGAAUGCUCAGUUUCUAAGGCUAAUAGCUCAGCUGGAACACAAAAAGAAUCUAAAAGGGAAUCUACUUGCUCCACUUCAUCAGCAAUUGAUAUUGUCUCCAAAAUUGGCAGUGAUGUUGAAAGUAUGUCAAAUCCAGAAAAUGUAAACUUCGUUGCUAGUCUUUUGGCUACGGAUGAUUCCCCGGUGCCAUUGGGUUUGAAUAAACCUUUGUUACAAAGCUUGGUAAAAGGUGAUAAUCCUGAAGUAGCUAUUUUACUAAGACAACUGUUAAUAGCUUCUGCGUCUCUCUUGAGGCUAAAUUUGCUGUCGGAUGAUUCGCCGUUGACUUCAAGUUUUGUGCCUGCUUUUAUUGAAAUCUCACAAGUCUUGUUAUUAGAAUUUACAGAGAUGGUUGGAGUCCCACAACAAUCUGCUUUUCUUUUGUUAGAUGGUGUUCUCAGCUAUUUGAGAGAAUUAGCAAGUUAUUUUCCUUCCACUGAUCCUACCUCAUCGAAUAAAGUUUAUACAAAAUUAGUACAAAUUCACAUGAGGGCAAUAGGCAAGUCUAUAUUGUUGCAAGGAAAAAGGGCAACACUAACCUUGCAUGAAAGACAGUCAAGUACAAAGACACUACAUAAAGGAUCAUUUGAAGCUUGUUCUUCUAAUGAAACAUAUGACUUUUGCUUGAACGAAUUGAAAACUAGGCUGCGGGUGUCGUUCAAAGCAUAUAUAGAGAGGCAGUCAGAGUUGCAUCUUUUGUCUAUGAUACAGGCCAUUGAGAGAGCCCUAGUUGGGGUACAAGAAGGAUGUGCUGUAAUCUAUGACAUAAAAACAAGUAAAGAUGGGGGUGAAAUUUCGACGCUUGUGGCAGCUGGCAUUGAUUGCUUGGACAUGAUUAUUGAAUUUGUUUCAGGUCGGAAAAGCUUGAAGCUGAUCAAAAGCCACAGUCAGAGCUUAGUAUCUGCUAUUUUCAGCAUUAUUGUGCAUUUACAGAGCCCACAUAUAUUUAAUGGUAACUUGAGAUGUAGAACUGUUGCGGGUACUCCCGAUCCAGGGUCAGCCAUUCUCAUGUGUAUUGAAGUGCUAGCGACAGUCUCAAGGAAGCAUACUCUAUUCUCAAUGGAUGUGGGGCAUGUGGGACACAUGUUACAUAUCCCUGCAGCACUCUUUCAAAAUUUCGAUCAGCAUAGAAUUUCUAAAGCUUCUGGUCCAUCAGAUUCAUUCAUGGUCUCAGAAGAGCAAAAUUAUGAUCCAGCAGAGGGAGUGAAUAUCAGUCAUGUAGAUCACCAAUUCACAGUUAACCUAUUUGUUGCAUGUUGUCAACUAUUGUGUACCAUUAUAAGGCAUCGCCCAAGUGAGUGCAAGCAAUGUGUUGCCCAUCUUGAAGCUUCUGUUACUGUUCUUCUUAAUUGCUUGGAGACUGUUUUAGAAAAGAAAUCCAUUGUGAAUGAAGGUUGCUUUUCUUGGGAAGUAGACGAGGGAGUGAAAUGUGCUUGUUUUCUUCGAAGAAUUUAUGAAGAGAUAAAACAGCAAAAGGAUAUAUUUGGUCGGCAAUGUUGUCUGUUUUUAUCGAACUACAUAUCGGUAUAUUCAGGAUAUGGUCCCAAAAGAAGUGGUAUUAGAAGAGAAAUAGAUGAAGCUUUAAGACCGGGUGUCUAUGCUUUGAUAGAUGCUUGCUCAGUUGAUGAUCUUCAAUAUCUUCAUACUGUUUUUGGAGAGGGACCUUGCAGAAAUACCUUGGCAACUCUUCAACAUGAUUACAAACUCAAUUUCAAAUAUGAAGGAAAAGUGUGACCUUGAAAUUCUGUUGAUGGUAAAUUUUUGUGCCCUCUCAUUUUAUUACGACACAGAAUGGUUUCCGCUGAGAUUGAUAACUUAAUGUUUCAACUCAUAUUCAUGGAAUGCCUCCAUUGUUUUCAUGGGGAACGUCUUGUAUGUUGUAACAAAACUAUAUCAGCAACACCCAGGGUGACCAUUUUACCAAAUCCCUGUCUAUUUGGUUAAGGAAGACACAUUAGAGUGAGGAAUUUACUAGCGCCAUUGACAUCACUAGGUUCAGCUAUAGUUAGUUCAAUGCUAUCUUAGAUGCUUAUUUAACUGAUUUUUGUAUUUUUUUUCAAUUGUAGUUUGAAAAUAGCUUCAACUAAAUUGCCUUAGCUUUAUUUUUGUUGACUAAUUUGAAGUUUUUUGACAAAGUGGUACUUUUGUACGAUCAUUUCAGUGACAACAUUAGCAGUUCAAAUGUGCAGAAAUUCGUUUACUU